UUAAUGUGAAAAGACAAAAAAGAGCUUUUGCUUACGUAACAGCAGGGAAACAAGUCCAUGAGUGUUUGCAAAUUUGCAGGGAUUAUCAGUAUAUAGGAGUACAGCAAACCAGAUGUGUUUGCCCGGUAUCAGAUUCUUUAGUAGAGAUAAAUGAUCAAAGAUGUGAACCAAAGGCAUGUGUUCAAGACAAUGACGGUUUGUGUGUCGAUGAUAACGAAGGAUUAAUGUUUGCUGUGUAUAAAAAAGUAUCAAUUGAAUCAAAAGUUGGAAUAGGGAACUGCUUGACAGUUGUAGAGAACAGUGCUGGGGAUGACUAUUAUUGGGCAAGUCGUUGUGACUUGAAAUUAUACCAAGUGUGUGAACAUGAAAGGAACAAAACUGGCAUACAGAAGGAGGAUAGUUUUGAAGAUAUAUGGACACUGUCUCAUGCGCACUGUUCAAGUGGCAAACUAGGAGUGUAUUCUGUUACCAGUCUUCAGAAUCUGCAGCUAUUACGCAACACGUAUUAUUGGCUAGGUGAUAUAAGACGCCCUAUAUAUAACUUUUACAGCGACAUUACAUGGUCACGAGAUCACUGUGUAGCUGCAACAAUUGACACAAGAGGUAACCUAGAAAGAUUUAUAGAAGAUUGUAACAAAUCAUUUCCAGCCUUAUGCAAUGAGCUGGAUGUAACAGUUCCUACAGGUGGUUUAGAUGUAGUACGUGAUCAUAUUACCUUAAUAGUAGUUCUUAUAUCAGUAGUAGUUUUUGCUGGACUAGUACUUGUCCUUUUAUGUAUGAGUUAAAAUAGUGACAGUCAAAAUUAUACCUUAAGCUGGCUUGUGAUGAAAAUUUUAACGUACCGUUAAUUGGAUAAAGAACGGACUGGUUCCCAGUGGUCCGACAGCACAAAACAGGAUUAAAAAGAAUCAUUCACACCGCCUUCAUUCAAAACAUCCUCCUUCAAAGACUGUAGAUUGCGAUAAAGCGUAUGCUGAAAUCAGAAAGCCAGAUACAGAACUC